AUGUCCACAGCCGCACGCCGACGAUUAAUGCGCGACUUCCGCAAGCUUCAAAACGACCCGCCGUCGGGCGUAUCGGGCGCCCCCAUGGACAACAACAUCAUGCUCUGGCAGGCCGUAAUCUUCGGACCGGACGACACGCCAUGGGAAGGCGGCACCUUCAAUCUGACGCUUGAGUUUAGCGAAGACUAUCCCAACAAGGCGCCGACUGUCAAAUUCAUCACGAAAAUGUUCCACCCGAACAUCUACAACGACGGCCAGAUCUGCUUGGACAUCCUGCAGAACCAGUGGUCUCCGAUCUACGACAUCUCGGCCAUCCUCACGUCCAUCCAGUCGCUGCUCUGCGAUCCCAACCCGAACUCGCCGGCCAACUCGGAGGCCGCGCGUCUUUUCCAAGAGAACCGACGGGAGUACAACCGCCGCGUGCGCGAGAUCGUCGAGCAGAGCUGGCAGGCGAUCGCAUAA